GUCGUCGCUCGGGUGCAGUGAAGCAACAAGUGUUUCGCAUCGCGAAUUUGUGGGUAAUUUUUAGUUGUUGAGUUUCUUUCAGGUUCAUUCAGUUAUUGCAAAAUGGCCCGUUACUUCAAGGAACAAGACAUCGAUGAGUUCCGUGAGUGUUUCUAUCUGUUCGCCCGCAGUGGCCACAUUACCACCCUGGACGAGCUGACCGUGAUUAUGCGCUCGCUCGGUCUGUCUCCGACGAUCCAGGAGCUGACUUCGUAUUUGAAAAAGAAAAAUGGCCGCAUGAGUUUCGCCGACUUUCUCGAGGUAAUCCACCAGCACUCCCGGGUGGAAAAUCUUCCGGAAGAGGUCAUUGAGGCAUUCAAGGCGGGUGAUAAAAACGGCCGCGGUACGAUUCCGGCUCGGCAGCUGCGCCAUCUGCUGCAGAACUGGGGCGAAGGGUUGUCAUUCCGAGAGGUGGAUAACAUCUUCCGGGAAGCGAACGUUUCUAGCAACGGGCAAGUCCGUUAUGCAGAUUUCGUACGGGUAGCUUGCGCCCCUGUUCCAGACUAUUACUAGGUUGUUUGUUGAACAACGCACGGUUAACGCACAUUCCACGAUUUUUAUUCGUCCGUACUUAAUUUUACAUCAACUAUUCCAUUCGCAAAGCGAUGAAAACAAUCGUCCUGAAGUCCGUUGCGAACGGAUCAAAGUUGGCUUUGGAUUGCAGUGCCUUCUUUAGAAGUAUCGCCGAAACGUCGAUUCGUAGUCGGGUGUAUUUAUUGUCUUAUUUAAAGAAAGGUAUUUUCCAUUUAUUCACGCAGACACGCAGUAUUCGAUUGC